GGCUGGGAAUCCUCUCUUGUCUUGGCCAGGCAGUGCCGUGGGGUGUCUUUGCUGUGUCUCUCCCAAAUCAUUGCUUCUGAUCCCAAACUGGGGACAUUUGAAAGGAGAAGGAGCCCCGGGGGCUGCUCUGGGCUGGGUGUGAAGGGCUUUGAGCUGGACACAGAUUUCCCAGAGCAGCUGCAGGGCUCAGUGCACGGCCACAACGAGCUCAGCCCAAACCACAGCUGAGAAACAGCUCCAAAAUGCCCCAAAGAACGAGAACCAGUCCUUACAGGAUGAAUAUUUUGGCAAACACCCAGCCAGGAUUAUUCUUCCCUGGGAACCGCGCUCAGCUCCGGGUGCCCGUGGCAGGAGCGGAGCCCCAGCCCUGAGUCAGAGCCUGGGGCUGGGACCGUUCAUUAGGCCGGGCUUAAGGAACAAUCCCCGCUCCAUCAACACCGGGCCACGUCCCACUGCCUGCCCUGGGCGACACCUCCGCUGAUUGCCGGGCUUUCAUCACCGCUGCCUAUAAAGGGCUCCCGCGGGGCCGUGGCACAGCGGGGACACCGCGGGGACAGCCGGGCUCUGCCAUGAGGCUCGCAGGUACCUGGGCGCUCCUGGCGCUGGCAGCUCUGUGCUUGGCACUUUUCACUGCAGAUGCUGCCCCACAGAAUGAGGUGGACUGCAGCGAGUACAGGAGGCUGGAGAGGGGGAGGCCCAUUUACUGUGAGAGGCUCUACCAGCCCUUCUGCGGCUCCGACGGCAAAACCUACAACAACAAAUGCUCCUUCUGCAAGGCUGUGCUGAGGAGCAGAGGAGCCCUGCACGUGAAGCAGGCGGGGGCCUGCUGAGGAGCCGUGCCGCUGCUGAGAACGGCUCCGCACCGCCCCGUUCCCGGGAUUCCCUCGUCCAAACCGGAUUUCUCCCGUGCCAAACCCAGGCCAAG